AUGUCAUCCACUAACACCUCUGCAUCUACUCAUGCUCAAGCGAGCUCGACCUUGGGCUAUAGUAUUUCUUCGAGUGACGAAAGCUCGGUAUCUCGGUCAGGUGCUAGUACUGGAUCAGCCAGAAACAAGAGGAAAUUCGAUCAUUACCAGACACGAGGCGGGCAGCACGAUUCAGGUUUCGCUUCGGAGGCUGAAGAUCAAGGUGAUGCUGCCGAGGCACAAGGCGUGGGAAAGAGGCAUAAUUGA